AUGAAAUCUUUCACAUUUGUGUGUAAUCAUUCUUUUUAUCUUCUUCAUAAACUAUUCUAUCUAUUAGCAAUUACCCUCCACCAAACUGUUAUAUUCAUAAUAUUACACCAUGAAUCAUAUGUAUGUACAUGCAUGGAUCCACGUGAACUCAGUAAAUCUUGUUCUCUCCCAAUUAAUAAUAAAGGAGUUUUCAAAGCACAAUUCUAA